UUCAUCCGACUCGGCGAAGACCCCGAGGCUCAUGGAGCAUGUGCUCCUCGGACAGAUCGUUUGUCCACCGAGAUGGUGCUGUCCGCUGGUUUACAAGACUGUGGAAGCAAAUCUGAAGAGACAAACAGCGAGCGGAGAGCCCUUGACCCCCACCUGGUUACCGAUGACCCACACAAUCCAGGCUGCAGGGCUGCUGAACUUCUCUCUGAAGGUCAUGGAGGUUGGCUGGAGGUCUGUGCGCAGUACCACUGUAUUCCUGCAGGGGGAGCCAGUGUUCCUGGAGGCGGCGGUGUAUGCUCCUCUGCACCCUCCUCUGCGUGUGUAUGUGGAUUACUGCGUGGCCACGCUGAACCCUGAACCCCUCUCCGAACCACGCUACGAGUUCAUUGUGAAUCAGGGGUGUCUGGUUGACAGCCUGGUGCCCCUCUCCUCCUCCCAGUUUGCCCCAAGACCUCGAGAGAACAGCCUCCGCUUCAGCGUCCAGGCCUUCCACUUCACCCGGGACCCUCAGGACCAGGACCCUCAGGACCAGGUGUCACAGCAGGAACAGGUCUUCAUCAACUGCCACCUGAGAGCCGUCCCCCAGCUGGUCUCCCCCGACAACUUGAACAAGGGCUGCUCCUUCCACUGGGGUUCCUUCAGCUGGCGUUCAGUGGAUGGGGAUCACGCUGUGUGCUCCUGCUGUGCAGCUGGAGACUGCCACAGUCACAGAAAAGACACGACCGGCACGACGGGCACGGCUAAGACACCUACAGCUCUCCCAACAACAGAAGAGAAGACCAACACUGCUGUGGGUCCACUCCAUUUCAUGCCCUUAACUCAAUGGAAGGGUGACUUUUCCCUCAUUGGUGAGCCAGCAUCUGUCCAAUAAACUUGAGACAAAAUGUCCUGUUGUUUUCUAUGGCCUGGAACUAGGAGGUGGUGAUUGCAGCCCUGAUUUGUUAUAUGCAACAUUUUUUGAUUAUUAUUUUUUUUUUGGGGGCUUUUUUGCCUUUAAUCGACAGCAAAUGAGCUGGAGAGAGAUUGGGAGUGGGAUUGGGAAAUUACCACAAGUUGGAUUCAAACCCGGGUCGCCCGAACCUGAACAUGGGACCAUUCUGUGUAUACAGUAGCGCUUUAGUAGCGCUUUUAGUAGUAAAAAAAUGAAAUAUUGUGAUGUCUAGGUAUGAAACUGGGGAUGGACCAUACAAGAAGCAAUGGCAACAAAGUUUAGCGUAGUUUAUAUUUAAUUUGUAGGUUGUUAUUUAGUAAUGGUGAUAUUAACCUAGUUAUGUCCUAGUUAUAUAGUAAUCUAGCUAUGUUCUCAUAAUAUUAAUUGACAGAAGAACCAGAGGCUUAGAGGGGAUUUCAGGUAUUUAGUGUACAAAUAUAUUCUCAAAAAAUUACUACUUUUACGUUUUCUGAACAUUAAAAGCUCCCCCUAUUGGUGACUUUAUGUAAAGCAAGGACAUGUUUCCUCUCACAGGCCUAAAACUCAGGUAUCUUGGAAGGUACUAAGAGAGUAUUGGAAACAAGCUUGUUGUAAUACAUUGCAAACUUGGCUGAGCAAAAAUGAUGGCUAGAAUGAGCACUAAAAUAUCCCCAUGAAAAAGAUUAGGUCCCAUUGUCAUAAUAAACAAAACAAACUGGAUAAAAAUAAACAGGGACGAUGAUAAACAUGUCUGGCCUGGGCUUCGACUGCAUGCCGUCGGCCUUUUCUUUUAAAUGCCAUAUCUCUUUUCCCAUCUCAGGAAAGGACCAGUGGUACUUUGCACGUGCUCUACGGCGGCUAGCAAGGUGGCUGCACAUUCAGACAUUCAGAGACAAGUGUUUGUGUGUGUGUGUGUGAGAGAGCGAGAGACAGAGAGAGAAAGUUAAAGAAAAAGUGGAUGUGCACAAUUCUCAUAUACCUAAAAUUAAGUCUGGGUGUUUGCGCGCAUGCCUGAGGGACAGAGAGGGGGGGAGGGGUAGAGAUAAUGGUUUGUGUGUGUGUAUCAGUGUGUGUGUGUGUGUGUGUGUGUGUGUGUGUGUUUGUAUGUGUAUGUACAUACAUUCUGAUUCCCAACAGACCAGUCUAAACAUACAUUACUCAUGCCCUUCUACGAGUUUGCAUAGCUGUGAAAACAUCUGAAUCUUGACUCAUUCACAAAAGUACCUCGGAAGUGAUGCACUUAUAGGUUUGUACAGCGGUCAGAUGGUCAUGUGACAGACCAACCAGCACCAGUUUCCCUGUUUGUUUGUUUGUUUGUUUGUCUCAUGGGUCACCCUGUGGUAAGGCUCUGGGAGUGGUCCCUUAUGUGAUGAAGGACUUCAUGGACACAGCUGAUGACCAUUUUGACCAUAGACAUAAUUUCAAAUGGACCUCAUCAGACAUUAAGUAUCUGUGAAUUAAAAUACCGAAAGACAUUUCCAAAAUAUAUGAUAGCAAUUAUGGCCCCAUAAGUAAAAACAUCAAGGCAGAUAUGGACAGGUGGUCCCAAAUGCCUUUAGAUAUGCAUAAUAGAAUAGAAACGAUAAAAAUGAAUGUACUCCCCCGACUUUUUUUCAAUCCCUACCAGUUAUAGUACCACUGCAACAAUUUAAUGAAUGGGAUAAGUGGAUAUCAAGAUUCAUAUGGGGGGGUAGAAGACCAAGAAUUCAAUUCAAAACACUGCAACUUUCUGAAGAAAAAGGGGGUAGAUCUUUACCAUGUUUAACAGACUACUACAAGGCGGCACAAUUAAGACCACUAGCAUGUUGCUGUAAUCCAGUGUAUAUAGCAAAAUGGAAAGAUUUGGAAACUUCACAGCUAGAUAUACCGCUGCAAUCCAUAUUAGGUAGCAAAAUCUUGUAUGGGCAGCAUGUUAAAAGUUUAAAUCAAUGGACUAAAGUUCCUCUUAGAAUCUGGUUUAAGGGAUGUAAAUCACCACUACUUGAAAGACGGUCUAGACUGUUGAGAUGGGUAGCUUUUGACCCGGACUUUAGGCCGGCGAGGAUUGAUGGGAGGUUUAAAUAUUGGCAUAGAAUUGGCAUCACUUCUUACUGUUCAAUUUUAUCAAAGGGAGAACUGGAUAGUUUUCAGAAAAUUUCAGACAAGUAUGGUAUAGAAUUUCGAUUCGAUUUCUUUAGGUAUUUACAAACCAGGACCUACUUUAAUAAGGAGAUUAAAUCCAAGGAGACAGGUGAUGCCAGUUUAAUUGACAUAUUUAUUGACAUAUAUAAAAAUAUGGACAACAGGAAACUUGUUUCAAGAUUAUACUCAAGUAUUCAAUCCAGUAGAAAACACUCAACAGAUAAGGUUAGAUUAAAAUGGGAGAAAGAAUCUGGACUUGUCAUUUCAGUGGAGAAUAUGUGCUCUGUGCAGUCCACUUCCACCAGCUCGGGCCUUUGGAGGGAAUUCUGUUGGCGGAAUCUGUUUAGAUACUUCAUAACCCCCAAACUAAAAUGUGCACAAACAGGUGAGGCAGGAAUGGGUCUAUGUUGGAGGAAAUGUGGAGAACAGCUGGCAGAUCAUUUCCAUAUAUUUUGGAGCUGCCCAGCCAUUCAGCCAUACUGGCAGGUGGUAAUACAAACAAUACAGACUGUUUUUGGAGAUUGACUUGACUGUUCCUUUCCUACUGUUUAUUUGGGCAAUAUUGCAGCUCACCUUUUGGUGCAAGACAAAUAUUUGUUAAAGAUAUUACUAGCAGCCAGCAAGAAAGCUGUUACACGAAAAUGGCUACAGGCCGAACCUCCAACAGAGACUGACUGGAUAGAUAUUGUAACUGAUGUUCAAAAUAUGGAGAGAAUUACUUUUUCGCUGAACUGAUGUUGAAAAUAUGCAUUAUACAAAAAAUAUACAUUUUUGCAGUAUUGGGAAAAAUGGAUUAUGUUUGUGACCUCACAGAAUCAUCACUGAUCUGUUAUUGUGUGAAUUGACAUUUAUUUCCAUCAUUGUACCAUCAGUAUAAAUGUAUAGGUGACCAUCUUUUUGUUCAUGUAUGUAUGUAUGUCUCAUUGUAUCUUU